AUGGGCGAGAGCAAGCUGGAGAGCCCGCUGCUGGGGCUAAGCGCGUCAGGGGCGCCGCCGUCGCCCGGCAGCAGGCACGGGCACGGGCACGGCGAGGCGAUGAGCGGGCAGCUGGAGAGCAUCCUCGGCGACACCUCCCUGCCGUGGGGCCGGCGGAUGGUGGCGGCGUCGGUGGUGGAGAUGCGGCUGCUCGUGCGCCUCGCGGCCCCCGCCGUGCUCGUCUACAUGAUCAACUACCUCAUGUCCAUGUCCACGCAGAUCUUCUCGGGCCACCUCGGCACGCUCGAGCUCGCCGCCGCCUCGCUCGGCAACACCGGCAUCCAGGUCUUCGCCUACGGCCUCAUGCUGGGCAUGGGGAGCGCGGUGGAGACGCUGUGCGGGCAAGCCUACGGGGCGCACAAGUACGACAUGCUGGGCAUCUACCUGCAGCGCUCCACGAUCCUCCUCAUGGCCACCGGCGUCCCACUCGCCGUCAUCUACGCCUUCUCCCGGCCGAUCCUGGUCCUGCUCGGCGAGUCCCCGGCCAUCGCCUCCGCCGCGGCCGUCUUCGUGUACGGCCUGAUCCCGCAGAUCUUCGCGUACGCGGCCAACUUCCCGAUCCAGAAGUUCAUGCAGGCGCAGAGCAUCAUGGCGCCCAGCGCCUACAUCUCCGCGGCGACGCUGGUCGUGCACGUCGGCCUCAGCUACCUCGCCGUUUACCAGUGGGGGCUCGGCCUCCUGGGGGCGUCGCUGAUCUUGAGCCUCAGCUGGUGGGUCAUCGUCGCCGCGCAGUUCGUCUACAUCGUCACCAGCCAGCGGUGUCGACUCACGUGGACCGGGUUCUCGUGGGAGGCCUUCUCGGGGCUCCCCAGCUUCUUCAAGCUCUCGCUUGCCUCGGCUGUUAUGCUCUGCCUUGAGACAUGGUACUUCCAGAUACUCGUGCUCAUCGCCGGACUCCUCAAGGACCCCGAGCUUGCUUUAUCCUCACUCUCUGUCUGCAUGACACUUACAGGGUGGGUGUUCAUGAUAUCAGUUGGGUUCAAUGCAGCAGCCAGUGUACGAGUGAGCAACGAGCUUGGUGCCGGCAACCCAAAGGCCGCGUCCUUCUCUGUGGUGGUAGUCACACUGCUCUCCUUCGUCCUGUCGGUCCUAAUCUCCAUCGUCAUCCUGCUGUGCCGGGACUACAUCAGCUACAUCUUCACCGAGGGCGAGGACGUGUCGCGGGCGGUCUCCCAGCUCACACCGCUGCUGGCGGUCACCCUCAUCCUCAACGGCAUCCAGCCCGUCCUCUCUGGGGUCGCUGUGGGGUGUGGAUGGCAAGCGUUCGUCGCAUAUGUCAAUGUCGGUUGCUACUACAUCGUCGGCAUCCCCCUUGGGUGCCUCCUAGGAUUCUAUUUUGACCUCGGAGCAGCGGGUAUUUGGAGUGGUAUGAUUGGGGGCACCUUCAUGCAGACCUUGAUCCUGGUGUGGGUUACAUACAGGACCAACUGGACCAAAGAGGUUGAAGAAGCACAGAAAAGAUUAAACAAAUGGAAUGACGGCAAGGCUCCUCUGUUGUCAGCCCAAGAAUGA